ACAUUGUUGUUGUUUUGUAGUUAAUUUAGUUCAGGGACACAUUUCGCUUCGGUUGCAGGACGCGAGGCGAGGCUCGACCUGUUGAUUCCAGGACACUUCUCAGACAUUCUGCGCAUCCCAGACACAGAUUCCCCGUUCACAAGACAGAUUUUUGAGGAGUUCUGACUAGCUGCUUGUAUGCAGGGCAUGACGACUCAUUUUAAAGCGGGCAAAGCUUUAAAGGUCAAGAAGGAGGUGGGUGAGAAUGCCCCGGCGCUCAGUGACGACGAGCUGGUGGCCAUGUCGGUGCGGGAGCUCAACCAGCAUCUGCGCGGGUUGACAAAGGAAGACGUGGUCCGGCUGAAGCAGCGACGGCGCACGCUAAAGAACCGGGGUUACGCUGCCAGCUGCCGCAUCAAGCGCGUCACACAGAAAGAGGAGCUUGAACGACAAAAAACAGAGCUGCAACAAGAAGUGGACAAACUGGCUCGUGAAAACGCCAGCAUGCGACUGGAGCUGGACGCGCUUCGUGCCAAAUACGAGGCCCUGCAGUGCUUCGCCCGGACUGUCACCCGCGGGCCUUCUGGUAAGGUGGCCGCCACCAGCGUCAUCACUAUUGUCAAGUCUGCCAAUCACAGCUCUAACUCCGCCCCGUUUUCGGCGCCCUCGUAGUGCUGAUUGACAGCACCUGCCCAGCUCCUUCUGGUCCAAUCCGGCUCUGAACCUAGACUGGCCUGCAGGCCGCCGCUUGACCCACACUGAGAGGAAGCUCAGUGGUCAGACUGAGGGGAGGGUGGAGGCCUUAAUCUGCGCGACUACAACAAGCUGCAUCUAUUUUUUCACUUCUCUCUCUUUUACACACUCACAAAACACACAUACAUACAAAAACACAUCUAUAUUGUCUGUGCACUGUGCUAUAACCUCCGGCACCGGCAGGGCACAUUGCAGCUCUUUCAAUUUCACCACAGGCUGAGACUUAGCAGAGCUGAGCACUUGUUAAAGUGUGAGAUAGUACUUGACUUAACCUGCCAUGGCAGCACUGGUUCGACAGCUAUGAUGCCCGUGCCUUAUUGCAUAUGCUCCAGAAAUGAAAAUGAAUAAUGUAUCAUUAUAGGACGUAAUUAUUAUUCAUAUUAAUAUUGUAAACAUACACUACCUUUCAAAAGUUUGGGGACAGUACAUUUUUCUUCAAAGAAAUUAAUACUUUUAUUCAUUAAGGACACAUUACAUUCUGACCCUGGACCACAAAACCAGUCAUAAAGGUCAAUUUUUGGAAAUUGAGAUUUAUAGAUAAUCUGAAAGCUGAAUAAAUAAUAUUUCCAUUGAUGUAUGGUUUGUUACAGUGUAUUGUUGGCUAUUGCUACAAAUAUACCUGUGCUACAUAUGACUGCUUUUGUGCUCCAGGGUCACACAUUUGAUCCACAUAAUUAUCAAUGUUGAAAACAGUUGUGCUGAUUAAUAUUUUUAAGAAAUGUUUCUUGAGCAGCAAAUUAGAAUGAUUUCUGAAGGAUCAUGUGACACUGAAGACUGGAGUAAUGAUGCUGAAAAUUCAGCUUUGCAUUACAGGAAUCAAAUUAUUUUUUAAUUGUAACAAUAUUCCACUAUGUGUUUUUUGUUCAAAUAAAUGUAGCCUUGGUGAGCAAAAGCAUAACAAUUAUUACCGACCCCAAACUUUUGAACAGGGAACCGUUUAUGUGCUGAUGUCAUCUUACAUCAUGAAAUACGUUGGCAUAAACUCAUAAUACAUUACUACCGAUCAUUGUGAAAGACCAGCGAUUCUGAUCCUGGUCAAAAAUCAGGUGUGACUGACACAGUACAAAGUUGAGAAUGAUGUUAUCGACAUCAAGGGCAAAUCCUUAUCCUGAAGCGUUACAUUACUGAUAAACAGAGCAAAUUAUCCAAUGGGAAAUGAGCCAAUCCUCUCUUAGUCAGCAGUUUAAACAUAGGAAUCCCAAAUGGGAAAACAGCACUUAUUUAACUGUUGAAUUACAGUAUAAUACUAUGAAGCACUUGCAAAGCAGACUGACGUAUGUGAAUAUUCAAGACUGAAAUUAUAGAGUAACUGAGUUUCUAGAAAAGGGCACUUCAUGGAGUUUUUUUUAUUGUUGUAUUUGUUUUAUGAGAGGUUAGUUAGUACUAAUAUAAAAUUAGUUAUCCUCAAAGUGUAACGUGUUGAUGAUAACAUCCAAGUGGCACAUCUGUGUUGUCAGUUAUCUCAAAGAUAUACCGUUUUUCCUGACCUGUCUCUAUACGACACCAUAAAAUGGUAGGUAAUCCAUAUUGGAUAUUGUGAUAACAGGAGCUGUCUUGGCAAAAAGAAAAAGACGAAAAAUACAGUUCAGUUAUAACCUGUAUAUUACAGAACUGAGUUAACAGCCUUAAGCUUAAAAAAUAAUGUCAAAGUUAAGCUUCCAACUUCGUAUAGAAAAUUCCGUCCGCUCAGAAAGCAUUCCUACUGCUAAGUCACAAAAGGUGCCACUGCCGGUGUUGGUAACCCUGAUUCAAAUCUAUAUAAAAUGCAAAUAUUUGAUAUGUUGACACAGACACUUUGGGUAAGGAGAAUCCUGGUGUCCUGAAACCAGCUCAAAUGUUCAUCCGAAAACAUUAACACACCGUCUGUAUUUGGUAAAACUAAUCUGUCUUUAAACUGAAGCUGGCUGAAAUCAGGAUUGUCUCUUACCUAAGUGGCUAUGACUGUUCGUGUGAGCCCUUCCACCACUGCAGGAAGCAUUAGAGGGGUGUUGUGCUGCUGGGAAGCCCACUGUUUGCCCCACGUCUCUGGGGUCCUGUUGUGCUCUUAGCAUUUUUAUAUCUCCACAAGUGUUUUAUAUGUUUCUUUAUCCCCAAAAAUAAUCUAGAUCUGAUGUUUCCCAUUGUUUAUAUGUAUCCAGGACAUGAAAUGCCUUCUGAGUGGUGUGAUUGUUGUACUUCUUUUUAAUUACAGUGGUUUAUUUAACUGAUUUUAGUUCAGAUGUCCAAUAGAAGAAAGCCCCACUCUCAAUUCCUAUGUGUCAGUACAUAAACUCAACACACUAUUAUUUUUUUGGUGAAUGGUAGUGUUCAGAUGCUAUUGUGGAUCUUUAUUUUAAGAGUGCAGAUCUUAAGAACACGUAAUUUCAGUAUUCCUCAUUUAUUUGCCAUUGUUUUUGGUCCUACAGUCAGCAUUUCAAACCUCUGUUGUGAAAGCGUUCUGUGCAGUUCUUUUAAAUGUGACCACAGCUCUGGUUGGCAGAUCCUCUUUUCUGGACUUAUGGGUUUUUAAAUUGCUGUCUAUACUUUCCCUUUAGGCCACAAAAGCCUUUUAGAGUGAAAACCCAGGAAUUUUCCAUUCGUCAUGUUGUGGCCAAUUUUUGUUGUUCCUCUAAGACUUAAUACAUUACAUAAUAUUAGAAUUCAUCAGAAUUUACUUCCCUUGGUAGGAAGUGCAAUGUGUUACUUCUUCUUUAUGGAAUUACAGUGACAGAGUGUACAAGUAUCCUUUUUUUUUUUUUUUUUUUGACAAAACAGCUCUUUCUGUGCUUUACACUGACAUCUGGUGGUGAUUUGUAUUUCUCUAUUUUUCAAGAUGCUGUGAUCAAAUGCUGAUGACACCAAGAGCUAUCAUUUCUUGGACUAUUGAGGCAUUUCUGUUUUGCUUUACUGUGUUCAUUUCAGCUGCCACCAAAGGCAUAACCCAUCUGUGCGCUUUCUUUAAAGUUCACUUCAUUUCUAUUCUUUUAUUAAUAUUUUUAUUGUGAGUUAAAUAAAACUACACCCUCUAGUAACUAGAUUGUAAUGCCCUAAUUCAGACUAAUAAGAACCGAACACGCCAUCACAGAACUAUUCUGUAAUUUUACAGGGAUGCCAGUGUUUUUGGCCAGUUCGUUGUAGUUAUUUGUGUAGAUUUAAUUAGAGUAAAAACAAAAUCAGUACUGACAGAGGCAUUACAGGUCAUCUUGUGACUGAGGCCUGUAGACAUUUCCCUAUUUUGAAGCAGUUUUGUGCAGUAAACGUUCCUCCUAACACCGUUAGAUGGUGAAAAUGGUCUUUAAACCAAGUGGGUACUUUUUCUGUCUUUUAUUUUAAUUAUUAUUCUAUGUAUGCUGUAUGUUGCCUUUUGGGCUGAAUAGGAUAAAUUAUUCUAUAUUUUACAUAUGAAUAUAUCUAUUUUUCAAAGUAUAUAAUAUGUGCUCAGUCAGUCCUUAAAAGCUAUUUACCAUGAACGCACAUAGGAAUUUUAACCAAUGCUCUUUAAAACACACUUGCCUAUAGAAAUCUUAGAGAAACUCCAUGACGUAUAAAGUAUGCUGCUCCAAAUUAUUACUUUAUAUUUGUCGAUGUUAAGAUGAAACUGUAAGGUAUUGGGGGAAGUAGUCAUGUUAUUUGUAGUUAAAAUAGUGCCUUUAACAUUGAGCUUGUCAUCAUUUAAGUACUGUAUGAAUGGGUGUGGUUGUUUGUAAAAUCUUAUUUCCAUGUGCAACCACACUGUUUGCCUGUUUGAUAGGUCUUGUAGGCGCGAUUGUUGGACACCAUGAAAGGCAGCAAAAAAAUAGGCUUAGAUUAAUUGUAUUCAUGAUUCUCGUCAUUAAUCUGCUUGUAUCACAUUGAUCUUUGAUAUUUAUUUUGUUUUUGUUUUUUACUUUCAACAUCUAAAUUAUUUUAUUUACAUUCUUCUGUUUUCUUUUUAAUGAACUACCCUCAUGUACAAAUGAAAUCAUUCAUUUUUUCCAUUCUGGCUAAAUUUGAGGUGGUAAAUUAUUCCUGUACAAAGUCUGCAGUGUUUGUUUUGUACUUUUAAAUAAAGCUUUUCUCAUGUAA